AUGGCCUCCGUCACUUUCGCCAUCCUGACGGCUCUCGCUGCACGCGCCUCGGCCAAGACCCACAAGACGCCGACACCUCAGAUGGGAUGGAAUAGUUACAACUACUACAACUGCUACCCCAACGAGACGCUGAUCAAGGAGAACGCCCACGCCUUGAUCAACACGGGAUUGGCCGACGCCGGAUACAUCACCGUAACCACCGACUGCGGUUGGCCGGCCAAGGAGCGCUCCGCCGAUGGUCAGCUGGUCUGGAACCCGGAGCUGUUCCCGUCCGGAGGCGGCAAGGAGCUCGGCGAUUACAUCCAUAACCUCGGCCUAAAGUUUGGCGUCUACUCCGGCGGCGGGUACUUCCAAUGCGGUUCCACAGACCAGCCAGCUUCUCUCGAUUAUGAAUCAACCGACGCCAAGUCAUUCGCGGACUGGGGCGCAGAUUCCCUGAAAUACGACAACUGCUAUGCGGUGGAGCCAACCGUGAUGGUCGACUACGAGUCUGAAGAAGCCGUAUCGCCCGACCGUUUCGUGGCAAUGGCAGAUGCGCUGAACACCACGGACCGUGACAUCCUCUAUCAAGUCUGCCAGUGGGGUACCGGAACUGACCUGGGUAUCUGGGCACCCAAGAUUGGCAACAGCUGGAGAAUCAGCAACGACAUCUACAACGGCUGGCGCAGCAUCUGGCGAAUCACGAACCAAGUUGUUCCAUUCUACAAGUACACCGGCCCGGGUGCUUUUCCCGACAUGGACAUGUUGCUCAUUGGUCUCAACGCUCUGUCACUCGAGGAGGAGAAGUUUCACAUGGGCAUGUGGGCCAUCAACAAGUCUCCCCUUACCCUCGGCGCCCCCGCCAUCCCCGGCCUCGUCGCGGAAUCAGCCCACGCGAUCCUCACAAACCAGGAAGUCAUCGCCCUCAACCAGGACUCCCUCGCCAAGCAGACAGAGCUCGUCCGUCGCUACACCGAGGAGGAGUGGGACGUCUGGGCCGGCGAGCUCUCGGGGUCCCGCCUCGUGGUCGGGCUGGCGAACUGGAAGAACGACUCGCAGGCCGUGAGCGUCGACCUCCCUGCCGUCCUGGGCGUCGUCUCGGCCAACGCCCGCGACGUCUGGGCCGCGAGUGACAUUGGCUCCAUCUCGGGCACGUACGAGACGACGCUGAACGGCCAUGAACUCAAGUUGCUCGUGCUCUCGGACCUCUCCACGACGGCACCCGCCGUCGACGCGUCAGCCGGAUAUUACACGGCUACGGACGCCGCGCUGUCUGGCUCAGCCUCCAAGGUUACCUGCGCGGAGGGUCAAUGUCUCCCGAGCAGCACAAAGGUGGGGAACAUCGGGUCAGGGGCCUCGGUCAAGUUUGAGAGCGUCGUGGCCAAGUCGGACGGCAAGAAGCUGCUGGGCGUUGAUUUUAUCAACUACGAGAUCGCCCUCGAUUCCGCGUGGCAGUUUGGUUCCAACACGCGCAACUUGACCAUUUCUGUCAAUGGUGGCACUGAGAAGCGGUGGGCUUUCCCCAUUUCUGGUGGUAACUGGUACGAUACUGGGCGCUUGCUUGUCGAGGUUGAUGGCUUCAAGGGUAAUGGCUCGAAUACUGUGGAGUUUAAGUCGUUUGGAAGUGCUUGGGCCCCCGACUUGGUUGGUUUUGAGCUGUUCGAGGCUAGCUAG